AUGAAAAUCUCAACUUAUUCAACCCUUAUCGCGUUUGUAAUUGUUGCCUUGACCACCUUGACCGCUGUCAAUGCCUUACCAGCACCACCAUCACAAGUUAAACUUUGUAUUAAAGUAGAAAGCUCAGUUUAUAUGGGUGAUAUUGAUGAAAUACCAGGCACUCGUCAUUGCGCCGCCAGGACAACUCAAGUACGAGAACAAUUACUUGAUAAUGGUGAUAUCAAUUUUCAACAACAGCGCAUAAAAAGACACCAAUGA